AUGAGGUGGUGGUUGCUGUGGCUCCUGUGCGCCGCUGGCUGGUGGGGCGCUGGGGGCAAGACGCUGCGAGGCGGCUUCGUCAGUGCCGCAGCCCGGCUGGAGCCUUGGCGGCCCGUGGCGCGGUUCCAGUUCCACGGUGACCAUGCUGUUCUGUGUGUCAGAGUCAAGAAUGUAGCAGUAGCUGUGACAAAAGCAGCUAGACUUCACCUGUUUCAAGCACAGGAAUGGCAGAAGGUGCAAAACAGUAUCCAGGAUCACAGCUGUACAGAGAAGUUCUCUAAAGCUCAGCUGACAAUGACUGUGAACCACACAGAGCAAAAUCUGACAGUAUCCCAGAUUCCUUAUCCAGAAACAUGGUAUGUGUUUUAUGUAGACAAGUUUACCUGCGAGGAGAAUUAUUCUGAAUCCGAGGAUAUUCAGUUUGAAAUGAUCUUACUAAACCCAGAUGCAGAAGGGAAUCCGUUAGAUCACUUUAGCGCAGGGGAAUCUGGAUUACAUGAAUUUUUUUUCCUGCUUGUCCUGGCAUACUUCGUAACUGCUUGCAUAUAUGCGCAAUCCCUAUGGCAAACAAUUAAGAAGCAUGGACCUAUGCAUACUGUGUUAAAGGUGUUGACAAUUGCAUUGUUGUUGCAGGCUGGUUCAGCUUUUGCCAACUAUCUGCAUUUCUCAAGUUAUUCCAAAGAUGGAAUAGGAGCACCCUUUAUGGGAAGUCUGGCAGAAGUGUGCGACAUUGUCUCACAGAUACAAAUGCUGUAUUUAUUGUUGAGUCUGUGUAUGGGUUGGACGAUAGGCAGAACGAAGAAAUCUCAUGGCAGGCCUCUUCAGUGGGAUUCCACUCCAACAUCUACUGGCAUUGCUGUAGUAGUUGUUGUUACACAGAGCUUUUUAUUAAUUUGGGAGCAGUUUGAAGAUACGAAUCACCACAGCUACCAUUCACACCAUGGCUUAGCAAGUGGACUGCUUAUUGGCCUCAGAGUUUGCCUGGCUUUGUCACUGGCUGCUGGUCUUUACCAGAUCAUCAUAGCAGAAAGAAGCACGCUGAAAAGGGAGUUCUAUAUCACCUUCACCAAAGCCUGCAUUCUCUGGUUUUUGUGCCACCCAUGUCUUGCAACCAUUGCUGCAAUAUUCAGAGAAUAUCAAAGAGAAAAGAUUAUUACCAUAGGCGUUAUCCUCUGUCAGUGCAUCUCCAUGGUUAGCCUCUACAGACUUUUUCUAUCUCAUAGUCUAUAUUGGGAAGUAUCUUCACUGUCAUCAGUGACAUUGCCACUAACAGUAUCCUCUGGACAUAAAAAUCGACAUCUCUUCUGAGAUAUUUAGGAAGAAUACAUUAUGUAAUAAAUGUGCAAUAGUAACUUGAAUAUACAGGUAUUUUUGUCACAGGUGUGAUACAUUAGUUUCACUGGAAAACUAAGUGACAGUA